AAAGCGAAUCCCGGCGGCCGCGGUCGGCAGAGGCUCCCACGGCUCCCGGCCCCGCUGCUCGCCCAAGCUGCUCGCCCGCGUCCCAGCCAUGGCAAGGAACCACCAGGUGCAGAAGGCCAAGCUGGCCGAGCAGGCUGAGCGCUACGAGGACAUGGCAGACUUCAUGAAGGCGGUGGUGGAGCACGGGGACGAGCUGUCCAACGAGGAGAGGAACCUGCUGUCGGUCGCCUACAAGAACGUGGUGGGCUGCCAGCGCUCGGCGUGGAGAGUCAUCUCCAGCAUCGAGCACAAAACCGAGGAGGGCGACGACAAAGCGCAGGUGGUGAACGAGUACCGGGAGAAGGUGGAGCAGGAGCUGAACGCCGUCUGCAACAACGUGCUGGGCUUGCUGGACAAGUAUCUCAUCAAGAAGGACAGCGACACCGAGAGCAAGGUCUUCUACCUGAAGAUGAAGGGCGACUACUUCCGAUACCUGGCCGAGGUGGCCAGCGGGGACGACCGCCUGUCGACGAUAGAGAAGGCGCAGGAGGCGUACCAAGAGGCCAUGGACAUCAGCAAAAAGGAGAUGCAGCCCACGAACCCCAUCCGCCUGGGGCUGGCCCUCAACUUCUCCGUGUUCCACUACGAGAUCGCCAACGCCCCCGAGCAGGCCAUCUCGCUGGCCAAGACCACCUUCGACGAGGCCAUGGGCGACCUGCACACGCUCAGCGAAGACUCCUACAAGGACAGCACCCUCAUCAUGCAGCUGCUCAGGGACAACCUGACGCUAUGGACAGCCGAGUGUGCCGGCGAAGACGGCGGCGAGGCUGGCGAAGAGCCCAAGAACUGAACCUGAGCAUCGCUGC